UCAAAUUCAGCUGAUUCAUUCAUUGUGAAAAUUUGCAAAUUGUAAUUUUGCCGAACAAGAAACUCGUGUUGUGUGAGUUUAAGUUAUAAAUAUGUCUGGAAAAACGGAUUUGUUCACCACACGUAUGAGAAAAGCUACGAGGAAAAUCCAUUCGGUCAGCGAUGCCCUAGUUAACGCUAAAUUCGCUAUUUCUCUUAGAGACGAGACAGUGUGGGGCGGUGGACUCUUCGUGUUCUACCAUAUAUUCGCAUUUCUGGAAGAUGCCAAGGACCGGUUAAACUUGCCUGAUUAUAACAGAUUGUUCGUGCACAAAACACUUUACAGAAAAUCUGCAUUUGAAGCGGACCUGAAUCAUUACCUUGGUGAGGAAUGGCAGUCGCUACCCAAGUCGGCCGCUUUGGAGAACUAUUUGGAGCACUUGCAAGACCUGGAGAAAGAGAAUCCGACGUUGCUCAUGGCUUAUGUUUACCACCUGUAUCUGGGAUUGCUGAGCGGUGGCCAGAUACUGUCUAAGAAGAGAAAAAUGUUUGGUGGAAAAACAUCUGAAGAAGCUUACGUUGACAAAGUGACAGACUUCAGUGGUGUUGACAUCGGCCAGCUAAAGAAUGACUUCCGCACAGUCAUGAAUGAAAUAUCCGAGAAGAUGUCAGACGACGAGCAGCAAGCGUUCAUCGAUGAGAGCAACCAGGUGUUCCUCAUGAAUAACCUUAUUGUCAACUCCGUUGCUGGCCAAAACCAAGUUAUACGCACAAUGCUGUACAAAGCGUCCGUAGUUUUCUUAGUAGCCUUGGGUGCUGCCAUAGCAUAUAAGAUGCAUAAGUAAAAUGUUAAUUUGUAGCUUAUAGGUUAUAUAAGUAGAAUGUUAAAUUUAAAUGAUUGUUAAUUAUUUUAUUAGAAUUGUGAUAUUAUGUAUUUGUUGUUUUCAAGACUGAUUAUAAUUGAAUUGCAUUGA